GAGACAGAGAGAGACAGAGCAUGAACAGGGGAGGAGCAGAGAGAGAGGGAGACACAGAAUCCAAAACAGGCUCCAGGCUCUGAGCUGUCAGCACAGAGCCCGACGCGGGGCUCGAACUCACGGACAGUGAGAUCAUGAGCUGAGCCGAAGUUGGACGCUUAACCGACCAAGCCACCCAGGCGCCCCUUCUAUUCCUACUUUUAAAAGAGCCAUCAUUUCUCGCACGGAUGUAACUAGAGAACAAACCUCGCAGAGAUGGUUGAAUUUGUUUUCACUUCUAUCCUCUGCCUAGAAUCAAGAUCAAGGAGAGGCCAGAUUUUAUUUCAUUCUUGACUCACUUUGAUAAGAGCCCAAGGUGAGGGACACAAAUGGCAAUGGGGAAACCUUAGAAUUGAAAUCCAGUCCCUGCUUUAAAAAGUCUUACUCAUGAUUGACCAAAAGCAGUUUUUCUUCACAGAAAGCAUUAUAAAUAAUGUUUAAAAUUGUUAGUUUUUGAGGCAUCUGGUGGCUGAGUCAGUUGAGCAUCCGACUCUUGAUUUUGGCUCAGGUCAUGAUCCCAGGGUCAUGGGAUCGAGCUCCCCUUGGGGUUCUGUGCUGAAUGUGAAGCCUGCUUAAGAGGCUCUCUUUCUCUCCCACCUCCCUCUCUGCUCUGCUCAUUCUCUCUGUAAAAUAAAAAAAAUUUUUUUAAUGUUUAUUUAUUUUUUGAGAGACAGAGAGAGAGAGAGAAACAGAGCAUGAGUGGGAGAGGGGCAGAGAGAGAGGGAGACACAGAAUCCGAAGCAGGCUCCCCAGGCUCCCGAGUUGUCAGCACAGAGCCCGAUGCGGGGCUCGAGUUCAUGGACGUCAAAAUCAUAACCUGAACCAAAGUCGUCGGACACUUAACCGACUGAGCCACCCAGGCGCCCCCCUAAUUUUUUUUUUUAGUUUUUCAGAGCCCUUUGUCAAUGAAAGAGAUUUUUACAAUGAAAAUCAGUAAUUAGGAAGAAUGCAACGUUACUUAUCUGGCUCUCCUGCCGAAAACGUAUAAUCUCAUUCCAAUCUUGGGAUGACAUCAGACACCCCAACGUGAGAAACCUUCUACAGUUAACUGAUUGAGGACACAUUUUUUUUUAAGAUCAGGAAGACUGAGGAACUGUCACAGACUGGAGGAGGCUAUGGAGAAAUAACUAAGCGCGAUAUGGGAUUGGAAACUGUAAAAAGACAUUAAGGGAAAACCUGGUACAGUUCAAAUAAUGUCUGUCGUUCUACUUAAUAGCAUCAUGCCAAUGUUAAUUUCCUGGUUUUGAUCAUUGUAUUAUGGUUAUGCAAGAUGUCAGCAUUGGGGGAAGCUGAGUGAGGGCUAUGUGAAAACUCUGUGCUGUUUUUGGAACUUUUCUGUAAUUCUGCAAUUUUUUCAAUACAAAUUUGUUUUUUCAAAAGCAGUAAUUACUAUGUGUAACCAAACCAAGUUAAACAGUUCCCAUUGUUCCCUUAUCCUGCUAGCAGUUUAAAUAGCACUUCACAGAAAUAGUUUACAAGGGUGUUUUAUGAAUAACAAAGCCACGAAAGUAUUGGUUGCACAUACUAAAUGGCAAAUUUAGUUUUUAAAUUGAGAUGAUACAUGAAACUUUUUCAGGUUAGUACUUGGCCUUUAAAAAACUAUUAUAAAAGUAAUUAGGCUUACUGUAAACAUUUCAGUAAUAUAAAGCAGAGAGGGGUAUUCUUAACUCCUAUCUCUACUUCCCCUGCCAUUAUCAAGGUUAUGCCUCCCACUGUGAAAAGUUAGGUGAAAAGUUCGGGUGUCUAGGUCACCAAGUCCAGACCACAGAAUAUCUAUUAAGCAGAAUGUGGUCAUGUUGCCAAAGCCCUUCCAUAACUUAUUCCCCGCCCUUCAACCUAACAGGAACUCAGGGCUUUCUUCAGGACAUGUGUUUCUCCCUUACCUGUUAUAAAAUAUCUUUUACAUCUGCCAUAAUGUGUUCAUUUAGCUACUCCUAUAUGAAAAUUUCAUCUGUCUUCCAGAUUUCAUCCAUCAAGUGUUUAACAUCUCCUCUCUUGACAUUCCUCUUUUUUUUUUAACGUGUAGCCUUUAAUUCAGGCCUACAUUUUUCUACCAGAAAGAGAGUAUGGCGUCUGCCUUGUGCAAGCUCUGCUUUCGUUUUUUUAAUUAUUUUGUAUCUGUAAUGUAACUUCCUAGACACCAAAUGUCUGGGUCCAAAUAUAAUAAUGUUUUGCGUUUAAUCUGCAAAGAAGAAAAGUCAUAUUUAAAUUCUGUGGUUUCCAGCUUGUAUUUAAUUUUUAGACCAGUGUGGCCCUGCAGGGAGCUCAGAAGUGUGACUUUGUGUUUGGAUAUUUAUUCCUAAGUACUGAGAAGGCGGAUGUUGUACAGCAUAGAGAAGUAUGUGAGCAAGCUGGCCUGGCCUUCAGAAGUUAAUUUUGUGUUUUUAAACCCUGGUGUAAGUGCAUCGCCUCCCAGCAGGGGGUUAAUAAGUAACCCACAGAGAAGUGGCACAGGUGCCUAGAUUUAGUUGUUCUGUAGUUUAUCAUGAGACCCGAAAGGAGGGGGAAACAGCUGAAUAAACAGUUCAAAGAAGUUUAUCAUAUUCGAGUGGUUAGUAAAAAUAUACUAAAGAGAAUGAAUUUCGGGAGUUGUGUGUAGGCCUUGGGUAGAAAAAGCAGUAAUGGUUUAGGUGCACUUGAGAAACAUGUAGGUGGGAUGCUAAUAUGUUUACAUAUAGGAGUUUCUGAGACAGUGGGACAGAAAUAAUGGAAAUGAUGGCAGUACCGGGGAGAAAAAGAUAAAGGGGAUCCUGGUUGGUGAAGGAAGAUAGCUCUUUGGUUCCAAAAUAUUUAAACCCCAAACAAGCUGUGGGUGUUGUGGAUUUAUUGUGUUAGCGGUGACACCUUUCAAAAUUAGGAAGAAUGAGGUGCCUAUGGUCCCGAGCACUGGGUCACAUCAAGCGUUAGCUGCAGGGGCCGUCAUCAGUCUCCCAUAGACAUUUUAGACCAGCAUGCACAGGUUGGCGAAGAGUACCAGGAGCUACAACUCGAUGGCUUUGACAAUGAGUCUUCAAACAAAACCUGGAUGAAAAACACAGGGAAAACAGUUGCCAUCCUUCUAAAGGACGACUAUUUUGUCAGUGGUGCUGGCCUGCCUGGCAGAUUCAAAGCCGAGAAGGUGGAAUUUCACUGGGGCCAUAGCAAUGGCUCUGCAGGUUCUGAACACAGCAUCAAUGGGAGGCGCUUUCCUGUGGAGAUGCAGAUUUUCUUUUAUAAUCCAGAUGACUUUGACAGCUUUCAAACCGCAAUUUCUGAAAACAGAAUAAUCGGAGCCAUGGCCAUAUUUUUUCAAGUCAGUCCAAGGGACAAUUCUGCACUGGAUCCUAUUAUCCAUGGGUUGAAGGGCGUCGUACAUCAUGAGAAGGAGACCUUUCUGGAUCCUUUCGUCCUCCGGGACCUCCUGCCUGCAUCCCUGGGCAGCUAUUACCGGUAUACAGGUUCUCUGACCACCCCACCAUGUAGUGAAAUUGUGGAGUGGAUAGUCUUCCGGAAGCCUGUCCCCAUCUCUUACCAUCAGCUCGAGGCUUUUUAUUCCAUCUUCACUACGGAGCAGCAGGACCACGUCAAGUCGGUGGAGUAUCUGAGAAAUAACUUCCGACCGCAGCAAGGGCUGAAUGACAGGGUGGUGUCCAAGUCUGCGGUCCGCGACGCCUGGAACCAUGACAUGACAGACUUCUUAGAAAACCCACUGGGGACAGAAGCCUCUAAAGUUUGCAGCUCUCCGCCCAUCCACAUGAAGGUGCAGCCUCUGAACCAGACGGCGCUGCAGGUGUCCUGGAGCCAGCCGGAGACCGUCUACCACCCACCCAUCAUGAACUACAUGAUCUCCUACAGCUGGACCAAGAACGAGGACGAGAAGGAGAAGACGUUUACAAAGGACAGCGACAAAGACUUGAAAGCCACCAUUAGUCACGUGUCACCGGAUAGCCUUUACCUGUUCCGCGUCCAAGCCGUUUGUAGGAAUGACAUGCGCAGUGACUUCAGCCAGACAAUGCUCUUUCAAGCUAACACUACUCGAAUAUUCCAAGGGACCAGAAUUGUUAAAACAGGAGUGCCCACAGCGUCUCCUGCCUCUUCGGCCGACAUGGCCCCCAUCAGCUCGGGGUCCUCUACCUGGACGUCGUCUGGCAUCCCCUUCUCAUUUGUCUCCAUGGCGACCGGGAUGGGCCCCUCCUCCAGCGGCAGCCAGGCCACCGUGGCCUCGGUGGUCACCAGCACGCUCCUGGCGGGCCUGGGGUUCAGCGGUGGUGGCAUCCCGUCCUUCCCCAGCACCGUGUGGCCCACGCGCCUGCCCACGGCCGCCUCUGCCAGCAAGCAGGCCAGCAGGCCCGUCCUAGCCACCACAGAGGCCUUGGCCUCCCCAGGCCCCGACGGCGACUCGGCGCCCACCAGGGACAGCGAGGGCGCGGAGGAAGGGGAAAAGGAUGAGGAGAGCGAGAGCGAGGACGGAGAGCGGGAGCAUGAGGAGGAGGGGGAGAAGGACUCCGAGAAGAAAAAGAGCGGGGUGACCCACGCCACCCAGGAGCGGAGCCAGGACGAGCCCACCCCCACUCCCUCGUCUCCCGACAGGACUGCGGAGGCCGGUGGGCGUCAGACUCUGCCUGGGCACGGGCGAGACCACACUGCCGUCCCUACAGCCCGGCCCGAUGAUGGGAGGGAUGCCCUCCCGGGCCUGGACGCCGGCUCGGUCACCUCCACCCAAGUGCCCGCCACAGUCGCAGAGGAGCGUUUCGAAGGGAGUGAUCCUGGGAGGCCCCAGAUGCCAUCGAAAAAGCCUGUGUCCCGAGGGGACAGAUUUUCCGAGGAUAGCAAAUUUAUCACUGUCAAUCCAGCAGAAAAGAACACCUCUGGAAUGAUAAGCCGUCCUUCUCCAGGGAGGAUGGAGUGGAUCAUCCCUCUGAUUGUGGUAUCAGCCUUGACCUUCGUGUGCCUCAUCCUUCUCAUUGCUGUGCUAGUUUAUUGGAGAGGGUGUAACAAAAUAAAGUCCAAGGGCUUUCCCAGACGUUUCCGUGAAGUGCCUUCUUCUGGGGAGAGAGGAGAGAAGGGGAGCAGAAAAUGUUUUCAGACAGCUCAUUUCUAUGUGGAAGAUAGCAAUUCACCUCGGGUGGUCCCCAAUGAAAGUAUCCCUAUCAUUCCUAUUCCGGAUGACAUGGAAGCCAUUCCUGUCAAACAGUUUGUUAAACACAUCGGUGAGCUGUAUUCUAAUAACCAGCAUGGGUUCUCCGAGGAUUUUGAGGAAGUCCAACGCUGUACGGCCGAUAUGAACAUCACUGCAGAACAUUCCAAUCAUCCAGAUAACAAGCACAAAAACAGAUACAUCAACAUUUUAGCAUAUGAUCACAGUAGGGUGAAGUUAAGACCUUUACCAGGAAAAGACUCUAAGCACAGCGACUACAUUAAUGCAAACUAUGUCGAUGGCUACAACAAAGCGAAAGCCUAUAUCGCCACCCAGGGACCUUUAAAGUCUACAUUUGAAGAUUUCUGGAGGAUGAUUUGGGAACAAAACACUGGAAUCAUUAUCAUGAUUACGAACCUUGUGGAAAAAGGAAGACGAAAAUGCGAUCAGUAUUGGCCAACAGAGAAUAGUGAGGAGUACGGAAACAUUAUUGUCACGCUGAAGAGCACAAAAGUACACGCCUGCUACACUGUGCGUCGUUUUUCAGUCAGAAAUACAAAAGUGAAGAAGGGUCAGAAGGGAAACCCCAAGGGUCGUCAAAAUGAAAGGGUAGUGAUCCAGUAUCACUACACACAGUGGCCUGACAUGGGAGUUCCUGAGUACGCCCUCCCGGUCUUGACCUUUGUGAGGAGAUCCUCAGCAGCCCGCACGCCGGAAAUGGGCCCUGUGUUGGUGCACUGCAGCGCUGGUGUGGGCAGGACAGGCACCUACAUUGUAAUAGACAGCAUGCUGCAACAGAUAAAAGACAAAAGCACAGUUAACGUCCUUGGAUUCCUGAAGCAUAUCAGGACACAGCGUAACUACCUCGUCCAGACUGAGGAGCAGUACAUUUUCAUCCACGAUGCCUUGUUGGAAGCCAUUCUAGGAAAGGAGACUGAAGUAUCUUCAAAUCAGCUGCAUAGCUAUGUUAACAGCAUCCUCAUACCAGGAGUAGGAGGAAAGACGCGGCUGGAAAAACAAUUCAAGCUGGUCACGCAAUGUAAUGCGAAGUAUGUGGAAUGCUUUAGUGCUCAGAAAGAGUGUAACAAAGAGAAGAACAGAAACUCUUCGGUCGUGCCAUCCGAGCGUGCUCGAGUGGGUCUUGCACCAUUGCCUGGAAUGAAAGGAACAGAUUACAUUAAUGCUUCUUAUAUCAUGGGCUAUUAUAGGAGCAAUGAAUUUAUUAUAACCCAGCAUCCUCUGCCACAUACUACGAAAGAUUUCUGGCGAAUGAUUUGGGAUCAUAAUGCACAGAUCAUUGUCAUGCUGCCAGACAACCAGAGCUUGGCAGAAGAUGAGUUUGUAUACUGGCCAAGUCGAGAAGAAUCCAUGAACUGUGAGGCCUUUACCGUCACCCUUAUCAGCAAAGACAGACUGUGCCUCUCAAAUGAAGAACAAAUUAUCAUCCAUGACUUUAUCCUUGAAGCCACACAGGAUGACUAUGUCCUAGAAGUUCGGCACUUCCAGUGUCCCAAAUGGCCUAACCCAGAUGCCCCCAUCAGCAGUACUUUCGAACUUAUCAAUGUCAUCAAGGAAGAGGCCUUAACAAGGGACGGCCCCACCAUUGUUCAUGAUGAGUAUGGAGCAGUUUCAGCAGGAAUGCUGUGUGCCCUUACCACCCUGUCCCAGCAACUGGAGAAUGAAAAUGCUGUGGAUGUUUUCCAGGUUGCAAAAAUGAUCAAUCUUAUGAGGCCUGGAGUAUUCACAGACAUUGAACAAUACCAGUUUGUCUAUAAAGCAAUGCUCAGCCUGGUCAGCACUAAAGAAAAUGGAAAUGGUCCCAUGACAGUGGACAAAAAUGGUGCUGUUCUCAUUGCAGAUGAAUCAGACCCUGCCGAGAGCAUGGAAUCUCUAGUGUGAUUGGAAUCCCGAACGGGCACUUAAUUUGUAAAACUUCUGAAGACUGAGAACUUUUUUGAGGCCUUUUUUGCCAGACUCUAGGUUAUACAAUAACCCAGUUACUUUUUUACACUGAUAAAAGUUUUGAUAUUUAUUUUUUGCCAUUUUAUGUCUUAAUGGUAUCCUACUGAGCAUUUGCACCUCUGUUCAUUUCACACAGUGAAACGCAAUUUUACCUAGUUUGCACUAUAUGAUCAGUGUUACUGCCUAUAAUCUAAUCCUAAAGCAAGCCCUGAUGUGACAUUCCAUGAGAACACACAUGCUACUUUUUAGUUCAGUACAGUGAAGGUUUUGUCAGGACAGUGGAUCUUGGUUUUUUUAUUAUUAUUGCGAAAGCAGCUGCAUCCUCCUAGCAGGCAAUGCUGAGCUUUUCCUCGGUCCUCUCCUCUGUUUGUUUUAGGCACUGCUCAAUACUGUCUGCCUUCUGUACUUUAAUGGAGUGGAUGGGCAUUGUUUUCUUAUAAAGAAUAGCAGGUUCCUGGGAGCUACUGAGACAGUCUGUUAACCUCAUGGCCUUGAAACAGUUCCGUUUAUGACGGUAAAGGUAUCCAUUAAGAAAUUAGAAGGCUUAAGAGCUUUAUGUGAACAUCACUUAUUAGUUGAAGUUAUAUUCAUAGCUUAAAAAAAAAAUUCCCCAACUGUGUCAAAAUAAAGGAUAUCUCUGUAUUACAGUUUUCACAGUAGCUAUGUGGACGGUGUGUGUUAUUUCCAUCUUGACCCUCUGAAAUAGCUACACCCUGCAGUCAGGGCUAUCUUUUACAAUAGGGAUAUGGCAAUAGUUUACACAUCUCCGCUAUCCCUUGAGUAACUCUCCAUUAAUGCUUCUUGGUUUCUAAUACCAUACAUCAUGGCAGGUAGAACAAUGAAAAUUUCUGCAGGUGUGUAACUUUGAAAUUAGCCCUCUAAAAUAUCCCUAUUACUCGUCUAGCACUCUAAUAAAAACUACCUAAAUAGUUAACAUUCUUUUCUUUCCUUUUUUGCCAAAUAUUUCCUGAUAAAUUCCAUAAUGACAUAUAUUCUUGUACUUAGGAUAAAACUGAAAAUACUUUAUUAGCAAAAGUCUUGGGACUAUGUAGAUUCCCACACAUGGAGAAGUCUGAUUUGGAAAGACGAAAUCAGAAUCUUGAAUAAAAGAGGAUAUGGACAUUUUCAAAUAGAUUUUCAAAGAUGGGGAUGGCUUGGUGUGGUUUAGCCCCAAGAACAGACACACUUCCCUCAAAGAGGCUAAUAAUCAUUACACAGAGCCCAAGGAACUUAUCUGAUCUAGCCUCUGGAGCCAUAUUCACCCUGCCGUAAGUACACAAUUGGGAAAUUAGGAGCAAUAAGAAAUUUCAGUUCAGUUAGAAAAAUAAGCUCCUUACUGAGAUCUGUUCUAUUACAUAUUUGUGUUUAAGGGAUGACUUCUGUUAGAAGUGAAGUCCUCACCAGAACUGGGCGUGUCAAGAAGAAAAGAGUUUUGGUUAAUUUUUAUGUCAAUAAACUUCAACAACAACCCCAUACUGGCUACUAUCAAUACUAUCUGGGUAGGUUCUGUGACAUUAAUGAUAAUCAGCGCUGAGGUUCUGUUUCUCUUAAGUCAGCUUUCUGUGAAGUCUGUCAGAGUGGUGCUGAGGAAGCAAAGCCACUAAGGAGAGGCUACCGGCCAAGUUUGGGAGUUCCGAUGCAUAGCCAGUUGAUGGCGUUUUCAUGAACUGUGUCACCUGCCAGGGUUAAUCUCAUGUUUUCAUCACAUAAAUUCUACAACAUGGCAAUAGUCCACUGUUCACGAACCAUGUAGGUGAGGCUUAAGGAAAGGUGCGCAAGUGAGCGAAGUCCGCUAAACUGUACGUGCUAGAGGAAAGAACACCUCUGCGGCCCCUCCGCUACCGUCAGAGGUUAACACCAGGAAGCUCUAUCUACACAGAAGGAGAGAAGCUUGAACACAGAAACACCACAGCUGCCGGAAGGCUGAGGGGAAUCAGGAAGGGCAAGGUUGCAGAUCAUGGCAAGAGCUAGAUCCUUUUCAGUCAAUCAAGCAGAUUAUACUUAAUUUAUAUAGAGUAUUGAUAGGAGUGAACUCUUUUUUAGUAGUUGGCACAGGUUUGGCUGUGAGAAGUAAUGUUCGAGUUGGGGUUCAUGGUCCCUUGGUAAUUUUUUCUGAGACAAGUGAACACUGCUUAGAAAACAGCACGUAUUUCCUUCUGUGCUAUUUAUAGAGGGCUCAAUUCGUGAAAACCGUUAAGUUCCAACACAAUUCUGUGACCAUUUCUUACAUGGGUAUCGUAGUUACAAUAAAAGAAAGAUCGCGAGUAAACGGAAGCAUUGAAAAGGGUGGCUUGAAGUUCUCAGAGAAAUUGUGUGUCUAUAGUGGGCUUGAGCCAAAGUCUGCAAAUCCUCACACACUGGAACAUGAGCAGUUGCUGUUUGCCCAUCUUGCCUAAGUGGUCCAAACACACUUCAGUGAGGACAGCUCUGUUCAGCAGUUCUUUCCUCACUUGCCCCAGAGAGUGUAUCCUGAAUAUGAUCCUUCAUUUGUUAUCAGUAGAAAUAUGCUUGCAUCUUUCCAGAGGCAGAGAGUUUCAAAGAUGGUGUUUUGUUUGAGACAUGAACACACUGCUUAACUACACAACAAGGUUAUUACCAUUUGCACUCAGGGGGAAAGGAAAUAGCUAUUGCAAACGAUCAUGUGCUAUUUUAUAAAAUAAGCUGGUGGGUGUAUGAAUUUAGCUCUAGGUGAACAGAAUGCACACAUCAUACAACACUGGACUGCAGUGAUCAGAACAAGUGGCCAUACUGGGCAUCAGAGGAGACCCCUUACUGGCAUCAGGAGAACUCUUUUUGCAUCCAAAAGCCACAAUGUCUUCUUUUAUAUACGCGUGUGUUAAAAAGUUAACUUCUGAAUUUCAAAAGUAAGAUCAUUGAAUUGGUUUUCCUAAAUUUUUAUGCCUUGGAGCUUUAAGAGUCUAUUUCAAGUUGAAGAGUCCAGCACGGUCAGAGAAGUUGAUGGUGUUCAAGGUUUGGCUGUUGGAAAUUUUAGCCCAGAGUGACAUACUGAAAUCAACAAAUAACCUUAAUUAUUUUAUAAUGACACAGCACAACUGCCUUGUUAGGAAUUUUUUUCUUAAAAUGCAUAUAUAUUUAAAAAUUAAAAUAUAGAUACCAAUUUACCAAAGAUACAUAUUACUAAUUCUAAGCAAAAAAUAAACCCAAACUCAUCACAAUUUAAGAAAUAAUAAUCAAAAUGUAGUUUGUCUUAAGAAUUUAGCAAUUAUACUGGAAAAUGCAUUUUCAACUCCUGUGUUCUAAAGAUUAUGUUCAAAAGGUGCCAGUGAAUUUUUAUAUGAAGGGAAAAUGCCUGCUUUUUUUUUUUUUAAACAGCUAUAAUUUCACUUACCCCUUUGCGCUUUCCCUUAGUUGCCAUUUAACAUGCGAUACUGGCUUUACUUAUCUCUAGAAAGAAGGCAUGCUACAAAUAGGAAGGAAUUGUACUAAUAUUUGGCCUCUACUUUGUCUUAGCUGUUAAACUGUUUUUAGUAUUUUUGUUAAAUAUUUGCAAAGGGAAGCAUUUUCUACAGAGGAUAAUUAAUUUCAAGAAAAAUCUUGAGUUUUAAGAAAUAAACAUCUCCAGAAAAGGAGACAGCCGAUUUUAUAAAAUGUUGCAACUCUCCAACAUUUGGGGUAGUGACUCCUUUUUUGUUAGGACAUUUGAAACUAGCAAGCAGCCAUUGUUUCUAAAAAAGAAAAAAGAAAAAAAAACCUCAGCCUUCAUGUUAAUUCAUGUUUCUUUCACUUCAUUUUGAAAUAGCUAAAAUCACUAAAACUGUAAAUAUUUUGUUGCUUGGAUAAGCAUCUUCUGGAAACUUUGUAUCUAUGGUAUAUAAUCAUAGAAUUUUAUAUUUUCAUAUAAAGCUAAUUUUUUUCUAGUUUCAACUCCGUCAUAGUUUUGUUUUGUUUUGUUUUUGUUUUAGUUUUUUGGGUUUUUCUUUGUGGUGGAUAUGUGAAUUCAACUUUCUGUAUAUUGAAGUAGCAAGAACUGUAUCUUUGCAUUCCAAAAGAAUCCAACACGUGUUAUUUCUUUGAGGCAGUGAUUGUGAAAAUUGGGUUUUCUUUCUUAAUUCCAUUGACCAUUUGUGCAAUAGGAAUUAGACAUAAUUAGUCACUGAAUACAUUCGUUGCAUUGACCCAUUUGGAAAAAGUGAUUGUUGUUUUGUUUUGUUUUUUUAAUUUGUUCAGGGGGGAGGGGUUUUGUAACCUGAAAUUUUUCCCUUUUUUCUUCUGUUUAAAACUAUAUCAAAUCAUUCUAUUAUAGUGUUAUUUAAUAUGUAAAUUGUAUUGCUAUACAUAAAAUAAAGUAUGGUUUUUGAUGUAA